AUGGAUAGCACCUCAAGCUCCGGGCCCGGAGACGGCAAACUGUCUAUCUACCGCGACGCCUUUCUCCCCCAACCAACCCAACCCCGUAAAGCCUGGGACCGAGCCCCCGUGCCAGCUCACGCGCCGCGACUCGCUGGCCGCAGGAUAUGGAAGAAAGCUCCAGGCAUCAAUACGAAAAAGAUUGGAGAUGAGGACAGGGACAACGCGAUCGGGGUGGAGCUUGAGCUUGAGAAGGGGGGAAAUGGGAGUAGGAAGAGGGUGAAGGGGAUGGGUGCGCUCGCGAGAGAGAAUAUUGGGAUGCCCGGGUGGAUUGAUAGGGUUGAAAAUGAUGGGGAUGUUGUUGAGGGAUUUGAGGCGGGGGUAGACGGAGCGUGCAGCCCGAUGAAGAAGGGGGUGUGGGAUGAAGAUGCACUGGUGGUACCAAGGAAGAGGACAAAUUCUAAUCAUCUUGUCACGCCGCGGAAGGUGCUUGGGAAGAAGGAUGUCAAUGGUGGUACUGUGAUACACACUGGGGGGCAGAUGGGCUUGGGGGAGAUGGAGAAGAUGACAGUUCCGCCUGAUGAUAUUGAGGAAGAGGGUGCGAAACAGACGCCGAGACGGAGGAAGAGUACGCGGAAAUCUCGACAGCUUGCAAACGGAGACUUGGUUGAGGAGCAAACGGGAGGUGGUACUGUGGAGGUGGCGGCGCCGAGGAGAGAUUCUUUUGAUUUCACUUCGAAGGUGAAAGGAAACCUCGAGAUGCUUCAGGAAUCGGUGCCAGAUACCACGAUCACGGCUAAAGUUGAGGAUGAUGUCAAGGAAUCGCCUGCUACUUUCCAGCAAUCUACCAGCAGCGUCCCAGUCUUGGUUGAAGCUGAAACUUCUGAGGCUGUCUUGUCUCAACACGAAAUAUUGUCAAUGGAGGUCCAACUCGAGACCAGACACCAGGAUGUUGCAAAUGGAGAUAUCGCCGAGUCUGAGCCUUUGAGAACCAUCGAAGAAGACACAAAUGUUUCACAGCAAGAGAAUUUCCCAGAACCCGAGAAUAUUUCGAGAUUCGAGGGAUCCGCAGCCUCAGACUGUAACAAAGAAGUUGUCGAGGAGGAGCAUGAUAUUUCGGCAGAGGUUCCCGCUGCUCAAAAUGCUGCAAAAAUUUCGACACCAGAGCGUCUACCUUCACCUGGUCAACCCGUCGAACCCGAGAUCUUUGCAGAACAAGAUCCUCAAACACCUACACAAGCUAUGCACAUUCCUACGGCAGAUCUUCCAGCAUUCGAAGACAUGGCUAUCGACAACGCUUCUCCUGUCAAUCCUGCGCUGACUCCAAAAUUCAAGACGAAGAAGUCUCAACGACGUGGUACGAGAAGGAGUACGAGAAACCUGCGUUCGAGCUCUGCUGCUCAAGAGGAUGUCAUGGCUCCAGCUGCUCAGGAUGCGCAGCAAUUAGAUCCAGCAAUGCAAACUAUAGCAUCGCCUCUAAAAAUCGCCGAUGACGAGGCUCAACUCCACGGCACCGAAGUAUUCGAAGCUGCGACUACAUCGAAAUCUGCGGAGGAGGUUCGCGAAGUUGCAGAAAGUAAAGUGAAGGAGUUUAUUGAAUUUUUUCAUGAAUCACUCCCUCCACUUGAGCAAGAUCAUCACUCUAUGGACGGCAUUGAAAGCAAGACAUCUGAUGUUGAGAAUGCUCUAUCAGAAAAUUAUGCACGUGCUCCUCGGCAACAGCUGGAUGCUCUUGAUUUCUCGUCUCAAAUUCCAAAUGAGGAGAUCCCAACUUCUGGAGAGGUCCAUUUCUCAAUGGAUGAGAUUGCCAUAGCAGAGCAGGCAAAGCGCGAAGAGUCCCUUCUACAGGAUUCAGAUGUAGAGGAAGUUACCAAAACCUCCACGCCCGAACUACAAGAGGACUCGGACGUCGAGUCUUCGUCUUUGCAGGAUGUCGCUGGUGCCUCGGACAACCACCCUGAUUCCAUCUCAGAGGAAGUAGCAGAGAGCUUUGAGCUCAUUGAACCUGCCACCCUGAAUACUGCUUACAGCGCACCUUCUAUCCCAACAGAGGAAGUGAAUAAAGAGCUUCAUGAAUCAUCCACAUCAAUUCCAACAAUCACCGAAUUCACCAAGACUGUCUCCGAAAAUAAUGUGUCUACAACCUGCCAACACGACGACACAGAUAUGCUUCGGGACUUUCUCACACGAGUCAAAGCUAACAAAGCCGCCCAGGCAAACACAUCAAUUCCCAAGAGAAAGCGCUCGCUGCCUCACUCACCGAUACAACUCCCUCUUGAGACCGUACCCGCCGUAUCCUCACCAUCUUCACCAAAAGCCACCGAAGACUUCGACACCAGUCUUCCAGACCCAUCGCCCGCCAAGCGCAGAAAGCGAUCCCACAUGUCCUCGCCCACCCCCAAAGACGGCGACAUCACAGAGCCCAGAUCUAUCCGCCGCAGCGGCCGCACCCGUCUCCCCAUCAAAGCCGCCCCUCUCGCCCCCUCCUUUAUUCCCGUGCGCCGCAUCGGUCAAGACGGUGAGAGCACUGUUACGCUCCGCCGCAGCGAAGAUAAAGAGCUCGCGGCUCUCACGAAAAUGAAUACUCGCAAGAACAAAGGAGCGGCACAGCACCCGGCUAACUUCUUGCAUGCUGCUGCGAAGAAGAGUGAGGAGAAAGAGAAAGAUGAUCCAGUUGCGAAGCAGAAGCUGGUGAGGGAAGCUUUUGAGGUGAGGGAGAAGGAGAAGAAACGCAGCAAGGGGAAGGGGAAGAAAAGCGUCGUGUGGGCGGAAGAGUUGGCGAGGUUUCAGAGUGAUGAGCAAGAAAGGAAGAGUGAAGAGGAUAUGAAAGAGGUCGUAUUCAAGCCAAACCAGAGAGACAAAUCCAUUAUGCCGCUGACCAAGGAGGAAAAGAAGGCUGCUGCUGCUGUUGCUGUAGUGCCGGCUGCGAGUGGUGGAGAGAAGAAGACGCCGGUUAAGGUCGGCAUGCGAAGUAAGAUUUCUUUAGGUAUGGCUGCGAAUGGAACGCCGGCGCCGAAGAGGGGCUUGCGGGGACGGCCGUAG